CCCCCCCCCCAAAAUCAACUCAAGCAAUCUACCACCUCCCCAAAUCCAAAAUGCCACGCGUCCCCACGACCCGAGAAGUCGUGCGUGGCGCCCUCGUCAACAUCAUUCUCAAAGCAGACCAACCUACCGGCCGCACCGUCUCGGGAUCCAUUGCCGAUGUGCUCACGCGCGGAAACCAUCCCCGGGGCAUCAAAGUGCGGCUUACCGAUGGUCGUGUGGGACGAGUGCAAUCCAUGCGGACGGGGGCCGUGAGUCCUACUUCGAAUGAGCCGGAAACGGGUUUUGUGCCGCCGAUGAGGAGGACCGCGGAGAGAUCAGAAUCCCAACCCCCUUCGCAGGUUGUUGGUCUCGAUGCUUAUAUUACUAAUGGAAGGCCACGGGGUAAUUGGAAGGGUGCGAAGUGGAAGGGUGCGCGUCAGCGGGAUGCAGAACCUGCGCCUGAGCCCGAGGUUCAUCUGGAACAGCCCGCACAGAUGAUGGGCGUGGUGACUUGUCCCGUCUGUGGCACGUUUAAGGGAGAUGAGGCGGCUGUUGCGCAUCAUGUGGGGAGCCAUUUUUCUGAGUGAUCGGGGGGUUUUCUCAGGCGGAGGGUCUCGGUCAUUUUGAGAUUCGGAUAUCUUUUGGUGAUGUUGUAAUUGGGGAUGUCAACCCCGAGACCUGGGACGGGGGGACACUUCUUGAAUAUCCCGCAGACUCUGGGAUGGUUCAACGUGGCAGAUAUCAGGAAAUAUUUUACCAUGUCGAUUGCUGGGGAUCGAAGCCGUGGAAUCCCGCUGUGACCACAGGG